AUGCGUCUGAUCUGCACGGCCUGCUCCAGGCUCCGCAUAGCAUCGCGGGCUACCAUAGGGCGCGAUUUCCACACUACAGCUAUCGCAGACGAGUCCCGCAAGAUCCGGGAUCUUUUGGCCAAGUUUCAAGACCCAGAAUCGCCAUACUACAUCCCACCAGGCACCUCAGGUCCUGCACAUGAGGCCGACCACUCCACCUCUCGCCCGUCGCUAUCAUCCAUACUCCCCUCGGCGCUUAAGGGAUCCAACGAAGAUGCGCCCAAGAUUCAAUGGAGAGACCCGGAUGCCAGCCCUGCCUCAGAAAGCGUGGCGGGUGCGACGGAGGCCAUAGGCGCUGCGGUAGGAGAGCACGAGGGACUGAAAAGCACGCAGUUCAGGCCAAGCCAUGAGCGCCUACAAGCGGGCAGAAAGGGGGCUGAGGCGUAUUUCCGAGAAAAGGGGUUUGACACGAAGGGGAUGUUGGAGUGGAGUGUCGCAUGGGGGGAUUGCGACAUACACGCCAACAAUGUCAACUAUGUCAGAUGGCUCGAGAGUGCUCGGCUGAGGUGGACCGAGACGCUGGCGGAUGAGCUGUCUACACAAGAGGUCAUGAAUCUCAUGCAUGGGAAAGGCAUGGGCUUCAUCCUCAAAGAAGUCUCGGUACGAUACCGCCAUCCCAUGACCUAUCCCGAUACAAUGCUCAUCGCUAACCGGCCACACUCCAUCAACCCCUCCCGAGCCUCCUUCGGGAUGGCCCACGCCCUCUGGUCGCUCAAAGACAAUAAGCUCGCGGCUACGGCGGAUAGCACGAUCGUGAUGUAUGACUACGAUCAUAAGCGGAAGGGCGAGAUGUGGGAGGGGUUUAUGCGAGUGUUGGAGAAGCGCUCGGGGGAGAAGCGGAUGGCGUGA